GGCUCUGGGUUGAGGGAGCCGCUGGGGUUCCAUGUCCUGCGCUGUGACCCGCGGCCGGGAGCUGCGAGGAGAGCGGGGCGAGCUCGGAAUCGGCCAUGGACGCAGUGACGUAUAAUGAUGUGCAUGUCGACUUCACUCAGGAGGAGUGGGCAUUGCUGGAUCCUUCACAGAAGAAUCUCUACAACAAUGUGAUGCUGGAGACCUAUAUGAACCUCAGUGCUAUAGGCAUGAAAGAAGUUAUACAGGAGACCAAUCUUCUGAAUGGACUCUAUGUGUUAAUUCAUUUGCAUAUCAGAGUCAUCUUCAAAGGCAUGAAAGAAUUCAUACUGGAAAGAAACUCUAUGAAGGUAUUCAUUAUAGUGAAGACUUUGCAUGUCAUAGUAGUCUCCAAAUACAUCAAGGAACACGUACUAUAGGGAAACCAUAUGAAUGUAAGCAAUGUGGUAAAGCCUUUGCUCGUCCCAGUCAUCUUCAAAUGCAUGAAAGAACACAUACUGGAGAGAGACCCUAUGAAUGUAAUCAGUGUGGUAAAGCCUUUGCACAACACAGUCAUCUUCGAAUGCA